UGCAGCAACGACAAGCUUUACUGGUACCGAAAUCAUCCAACCUAUCUUCGGGUCUCCCGCAAACAUUGAUUCCGAGUCGAAAUCCAUAUAUUUACUUUACCGCGUCGGCUGAACGCAACUACCGCCAACGCCUCAAGAUGCCGUAUUCACACCACAGCCAUUCGGGGCAGUUCUGUGGGCACGCGAAGAAUACCCUCUUGGAAGUCGUUCAAGACGCAAUAGCGAAGGGUUUCCAUACAUUCGCCUUGACCGAACAUAUACCUCGACCAAUUGAGGACUUUUACCCUGAAGAGGCCGACAGCCAUACGGCUGAGUCGCUUGCGAAGCUUUUCGAUGACUACCUAGUUGAAGCAGAGCUCGCGAGAGAGGCAUAUGCGUCCCAAAUCAAGCUUCUGAUAGGCUUUGAGUCCGAAUGGAUCCGUCCAUCAACGCACCAAAUAAUACAAGGUAUCAUGGAAAGAUAUACCUUCGAUUUUUUCAUGGGAUCAAUACACCAUUGCCACACAAUUCCUAUUGAUUUUGAUCGAGCUACAUACGAGAAAGCUCGAGAUGCAGCGGGUGGAACCGACGAGCAGCUUUUUGAGGAUUAUUUUGACGAACAGUACGAAAUGCUCCAGGCCCUCAAGCCGCCUGUGGUCGGACAUUUCGACCUGAUCAGGCUGCUCAGUGAUCACCGAGACGCCGACUUCAAGGGCAUGGAUGGUGUCUGGAAACGGAUGCAGCGCAACCUGGAAUACAUCGCCUCCUACGAUGGAGCUCUAGAGCUGAAUUCGGCAGGCCUCCGCAAAGGUCUUGCUGAACCUUACCCUUGUUCGCCUGUGUGCCUGGCCUUCCUUCGCAUGGGCGGUCGAUUCGUCAUGAGCGAUGACAGCCACGGCAUUGAUCAAGUCGCUACCAACUAUCCUCGCUUAUUGCAGUAUAUACAGAAGGUCGGUAUCAGCGAGAUUUUCUAUGUUGAUAAGGAGGCUGCGCCCAACGACAGUCGGUUUUCUGCAGGAUUCUCGAGCAUCACCGUGGACAACCUUCUUCAACUGCCUUUUUGGACAACGGCGCGGUGAAGUUCCGACACAAAAGUGUUAUACGCAGUAGAGAUUUUCGAGGCAGCGCAUCUAGAACUAGCCGAAGGAAGAAGAUACCUUGUUCAGUCUCUGC